GCGAUGGCUGGGGAUUCCAGGAAUGCUAUGAACCAGAAUAUGGAGAUCGGAGUCACUCCCAGAGACCCCAGGAAGAUCCCCAAGCAGGCUCGCGAUUACGUGCCCAUCGCCACCGACCGCACCCGCCUGCUGGCCGAGGGCAAGAAGCCCCGCCAGCGCUACAUGGAGAAGAGCGGCAAGUGCAACGUGCACCACGGCAACGUCCAGGAGACCUACCGGUACCUGAGCGACCUCUUCACCACGCUGGUGGACCUCAAGUGGCGCUUCAACCUGCUGGUCUUCACCAUGGUCUACACCAUCACCUGGCUCUUCUUCGGCUUCCUGUGGUGGCUCAUCGCUUACAUCCGGGGCGACCUGGACCACGUCGGGGACAAAGAGUGGGUUCCCUGUGUGGAAAACCUCAGUGGCUUCGUGUCCGCCUUCCUGUUCUCCAUCGAGACGGAAACCACCAUCGGGUACGGCUUCCGGGUGAUCACGGAGAAGUGUCCCGAGGGGAUCAUCCUCCUCAUGGUGCAGGCCAUCCUGGGCUCCAUCGUCAACGCCUUCAUGGUGGGCUGCAUGUUCGUCAAGAUCAGUCAGCCCAAGAAGAGAGCCGAGACGCUCAUGUUCUCCAACUACGCGGUCAUCUCCAUGCGGGACGAGAGGCUCUGCCUCAUGUUCCGCGUGGGGGACCUCAGGAACUCCCACAUCGUGGAGGCCUCCAUCCGGGCCAAGCUCAUCAAGUCCCGGCAGACCAAAGAGGGGGAGUUCAUCCCCCUGAACCAGACCGACAUCAACGUGGGCUUCGACACCGGGGACGACCGGCUCUUCCUGGUGUCGCCGCUCAUCAUCUCCCACGAGAUCAACGAGAAGAGCCCUUUCUGGGAGAUGUCUCGGGCCCAGCUGGGCCAAGAGGAGUUUGAAAUCGUGGUCAUUCUGGAAGGGAUGGUGGAGGCCACAGGCAUGACUUGCCAAGCGCGGAGCUCCUACAUGGAUACAGAGGUGCUCUGGGGCCACCGGUUCACGCCCGUCCUCACCUUGGAGAAGGGCUUCUAUGAGGUGGACUACAACACCUUCCAUGACACCUAUGAGACCAACACGCCCAGCUGCUGUGCCAAGGAGCUGGCGGAAAUGAAGCAGGAAGGCCGGCUCUUCCCGUGCCUCCCCAGCACCCCCCUGCCAGGAAGCUGUGCUAAAGCAGAGCUGGAUGCUGAGGCUGAGCAGGAUGGAGAGGACCAGCUGGAGGGAAUGAAUGGGUCCCGGGAGACCAGGGGCUUGGUGUAA